UUCUCUCUCACCCCUCUCUUCUGCGUCUUCUUCCCUCUCCUCCUUUCCCUGCACUCAAAGACCCAACCAUUUGCAAAAACUUUUUUUUUUUUUUGUUUAUAAAAUCUCUAUUUAUAUCUACAUGGUUUGUAGCUCUAUUUUUCUAUGAAUAUUUAUUUUCUCAUCUUUUUUUUUUCCCCACUCAUGCCAAUAAACAAAUAAAUAAACCCCCCGUCAAGAAAACAGUUUUUAAUUUCUGAAUUUUAAACAAUUUUUUUUCACUCGUUUUGUGUUGUUUCCUGCUUCUGGGCACCCAUGGCUGGCUUAGAUUUAAGCACUGCUUCUUAUGUUCAUCAUCAGCUUCACCACCCGGACUUCAACUUGCCGGAAAAUGAUGACGACGGGAACCAGUCGAACCGGACCGGACCGGGGGACGUGGUGGGUCGGAGGCCGAGGGGUAGACCGCCCGGUUCGAAGAACAAGCCGAAACCGCCGGUGAUUAUUACCAGGGAGAGUGCCAACACUUUGCGGGCUCACAUCUUGGAGAUUGGGAGCGGUUGCGAUGUUUUCGACUGCGUGGCGACGUACGCGCGGCGGCGGCAGCGUGGGAUCUGCGUGCUGAGCGGCAGCGGGACGGUGACGAAUAUUAGUCUCCGGCAGCCGGCGGCGGGCGGCGGGGCGGCGGUGGUGAAUUUGCAUGGGAGGUUUGAGAUACUGUCGCUGUCGGGGUCGUUCCUGCCGCCGCCGGCGCCGCCGGGGGCCACCAGCUUGACGAUAUACUUGGCCGGGGGACAAGGGCAGGUGGUGGGCGGCAGCGUGGUGGGCGAGCUCACCGCCGCCGGACCCGUCAUCGUCAUCGCCGCUUCCUUCACGAAUGUCGCGUAUGAGCGGCUGCCGUUGGAGGACGAGGAAGACGCGCCGCCGCCGGCUCAGCCCCAAGUUCAACCCCCGGUUUCCUCGCAAACCUCCGGCGCUAGCGGCAGCGGCGGCGGCGGCGUCGCCGUCGGCAGCAACCCUUUUCCGGCGGACCCAUCUUCUGGACUCCCAUUCUUUAACCUGCCACUCAAUAUGCCGCCAUUUGGAGUCUAAAUUAGCUAAUUGGAUCGG